AUGAAGGGCAAUGAUGCCAAUCCUAGUUCUGUCAGCAAUGCUUCCAGGCAUGAAUCAGACUCAGGUGAAACAGGCCCGACAGUCAGCGGCGACGACAACUUCAAGGAAUUCAUGCGUUGGGCUCUAAGCUGGGAAAUGCGGGAAAUCCGAGAGGUGGAACUUGAAAAUGGAUUGCGAGGAGUAGAAGUCAGAGGCGUCAUCACAACCUACGUCAAUCCCCAUCCCACUGGUCGAGGUGACAGAUAUGUUGAUCGGAGACUUGUCGAUGACUAUGGUGCUUGGCACAUCGACGAGUUGACGGAAGGACAACUUGCUGAUUACAUGGCUGACAUAGAAGGAGGCCCCAUGUCCCGAAUGCCCUAUUUCAAAGGCACAUGGGAAAAGACAAUCAUCAGUGAAGAAGAGCUUCUUGCUGAUGAGCAUGAUCAGGAACUGAAGGAGAACGACGAAUACGCAGAGGAUGAGGAGGUCGAAGAAGGGGACAAUACAACACCCGAUGAAAGUACCGAUGAGGUCAAUGGUCGACAGUCUCGGUGA